AUGGCAGUAUCUGCUAAGGGAGGUGUUUCACCCCCUUUAUCAAAUUCUACAAAUUCAACGACUGAAGCUUCAAGUCAAAUCAACAACACAAGAGGGACUGAAAGUAAACGGAAAGCUAUUCCUUUAAGGUGGAACUCUACAUAUUUAAUGUUAGACACUGUUGAAAAAUUUGACAGAGCUUUUGAGAGAUUUGAGGAGCAAGAUUCAAAUUUUAGGGCUGAACUUGAGUUGGGAGAGGGAUGGCCAACUGUAAAUGAUUGGACUUGUGUUAGAAACUUGAGGGAUUUCUUGGAACAUUUUUAUAAAGUCACUUUGCGGGUUUCAUGUACUUCAUAUGUCACAUCUAACAAUUUUUUUGAUGAACUUACUGAAAUUUGCAUACUUUUAAGAGAUGUUCAAUUAAGUGCUGAUGUUGAAUUUAGUGUUAUGGCCAUGAGGAUGAAAGAUAAAUUUGAGAAAUAUUGGGGUGAUAUUGAGAAGAUGAAUAUGCUUGUUUUUGUUGGCUGUGUUUUAGAUCCUAGGCAGAAAUUAAGUUAUCUUGAAUUUGCACUUAGUGAGAUGUAUGAUUCGGAAAAAAGUUUUGAAGUGAUGCAAAAGCUGAAAGAGACUUUGAAUGAAUUGUAUGAUGAGUAUAAGCCUCGAGUCUCUAAUGAUGGAAACCAUUUAAAUGUGAGAAUUUCUGAACCGCAACAAAAAGUGAAAAGACGCAUGAAAGAUUUGUUUAAAAGGCGUGUGAUUGAAAUUUGUGGUGAGGAUCAAACAUCUGAAUUAGAUAAAUAUCUAGGGGAGGCUGUUGAGAAUUAUGAUGAUGAAUUUGAUAUCUUGUCAUGGUGGAAAGUCAAUAGCCCUAGAUUUUCAGUUCUGUCAAAUAUGGCCAAAGAUGUAUUAGCUAUACCGCUUUCUACCGUCGCUUCAGAGUCUGCAUUUAGUACCAGUGGACAUGUGCUUGAUCAAUUUAGGAGUUCUUUAACUCCUAAAAUGGUACAAGCCCUUGUGUGUACUCAAGACUAUAUUAAAAAGUCAUCAACCGAAGAGGAGAUCAAGAAGUUUGAAGAACAAAUUCAAGAGCUUGACAAGAUUAAUAAUGAGAUAAUGCAAAUGGAAACUUUUUGGGAGGAUUCAAUUGGUGCAAAAGGAGUAUUUUGA